AUGCCAAAAGUCCGGAUUAUUGGCAGUAUUUUAAUUAUAUAGACGCAGGUGCGCUUUGAAGGUCUUUCUACAUCCACGGAUGUUAUUUAUAGAGCACAUUACGGCUGAUGAUGUGUUUCUGCCAUUGUUUUUCAUCGCAUUGAACGGACUUUGCCCGCUUGAUUUGUGCGCGACUAGGAGGACUGAAGACCAGGCCUAGCCGGCUGGUUGUGGAGAACAAGCGGUUCAUCGGAAUUAAGAGAAUAUGUAACACUAAGAAACCAACAUGACGUCCAGAUUUGGUAAAACGUACAACCGCAAAGGAGGAGAGGCUAACUCCAAAUUUGAAGAAGUCUUCUCCAAUAAAAAGCCCACAUUGACCACCAAAUGGGGAGAGACCACCUACAAAGCUCAACUUGGGACCAAGAGGCCCCCCAUGAAACCUGAAAUUCCCGAGCUUCCUAAGAGGCCAAGGCUUGAGGACAGCGACAGUGACGAGGACCCUUUUGGCUUUGAUAGUGAUGAGGAUUCAAAAACUGUUACUUCUCACAGUGUGUCACAGUCUAACGUAGAAGUGGGAGAUGUGACAAAACCUGCUUCGGUCCAUGGCAGUGGGGCAAAAACUCCCGUUGUCUCAGUACAAGGCCCUGGGGGCUCCAUGCUCGCAUCAGCAAGAAAGGAGACAUCUGAAGUGAAGGUUGUCAAUAGCCCUGGCACAGAAGCACAUCAGAUAUCAGCAAACAGCAGCCAACAGCCUGCUGCAAUGCCCUUCUUUUCAAAGACCGUCCCCUCUGAUGACUCGAGUUCAGUAGAAGCUCAGAAGUAUGUCUCGUCCUUGCGCAAUGUACACACCAACCUCCUCGGCAAAGAUUCUGCAGAUGUACCUGGAGGUAACAAGGACUCUCAGUCCACCUCUUCCCAGGAAGAACUCCCUUCUGAAUGGAUGAAAAACACAGAGCAGGAGCCUUCUGCUGAGCCUGCUGUUGAGCCUGUGGACAACCUCCCCCCUUCACCAUUCACCCUCAGGUCCUCCAACUGCAAGAGGUAUCAGCGGCCCAGCCGGCCAAGCAAAGUAUGUUCCAACACAGGUGACAGUAGCACCAAACCCGCUGCAACAGCAGGAGCUGAAGUCAAAUCCAACAGUGUCCUUGGUGCCAGCUCAAAUACUGCUGCUCCUGCUAACACAGCAGGUAGAGGAAGGGGAAGGGUACGGGAUUACACAGUACUGCAUCCUUCCUGCCUGUCUGUGUGCAACGUCACCAUCCAGGACUCCAUGGAGCGUAGUAUGGAUGAACUAGUUGCCCCGGCAACCCCUGCUGAUCCUGGAGAGGUGGGUCAAAUGAAGAAGAAGUCGGACGUUCCACCACCCAAGCCCACUCGGUUCCGACCCACUCAGACAAAGACCAAGAAGGAGACCAAGCUGGAAUUCUUUGGCUUCGAGGACAAAGAGGAUGCAGAGGGUGAGGAGGGAUCAGAGGGGGGCACUGCAGGCAGCAGCAGUUACAAAAUCAAAUACUUUGGCUUUGACGACCUGAGCGAGAGUGACAGUGAUGAGGAGAGCUCACCGGCCAAGGAGAAGAAGGCCAAGAAAGCUGCAGCGGCCCUAGCAGCCCUAAGUGUGGACAGCCCUCAGACCAGUGACUCUCAGGACAGCCAGGCUAGCAGCAUUACAGAUACUUUUGAUUUCUCUGAUGACUGCAGCCCAGGGGCCACUGAGGGGCAGAAGGGCCGCUCAGGGAAGCAGAGUGACAAAUCUAAGGACAUGGCCACUGGACCCAAAAAGAUCUUUAGUGGACCCAAAAAGUCCCCUUCUAAAGCUGUAUAUAAUGCUCGCCAUUGGAACCAGCCCGAACCUGAGGAGAUGCCUCCGCCUCCCCUGUCUCGGUCUCACACUGCUCCAGCCAGUUUGUCAGGCGGGAGUAAGGACAGCAACUCCCACAAAGACGAUGGCCUGUUCAAAGCCCCCCCGCCGCCGCCCAAAGUCAUCAAGUCAGAGACCAUCCCCACACGACCUAACCAGGAUAUCAUCACAGCGCUCAAAUGCAGGAAGGAGCACAAAGAGCUCUAUACAGUGGUGCAGCAUGUGAAGCAUUUCAAUGACGUUGUGGAGUUUGGAGAGAACCAGGAGUUCACAGACGACUUUGAAUACCUGGAGACGGGGCUGAAGAGCAGCCAGCCACUCAACACAAGAUGCCUUAGCAUAAUCAGCCUGGCUACACGGUGUGCCAUGCCCAGUUUCAGGAUGCAUUUACGAGCCAGAGGGAAAGUGGCGCAGGUUUUCAAGAUGCUCAGUGACGCUCCUCAGCACCCGAACCUUGCUCUGUGUUCGGCUGCCCUGAUGUACAUUUUAAGCCGGGAUCGUUUGAACAUGGACCUCGACCGGGCCUGCCUGGAACUCAUGAUCAGGCUGCUUGAACUGGAACAAGACCACUCAGCCCACCAAGACCAGCUCACUGCCAAGGAGGUUGCCAAGGUCAAGGAGAAGAUCAGGAAGCUCUGUGAGACGGUGCACAAUAAGCACCUCGAUCUGGAAAACAUCACAACGGGUCACUUGGCCAUGGAGGCACUGCUGUCUCUGACCUCCAAGAGAGCAGGGGACUGGUUUAAAGAAGAGCUACGGCUACUUGGAGGCCUUGACCAUAUUGUAGACAAAGUGAAAGAGUGUGUGGAGAACCUCAGCCAAGAAGAUGACAAGGAAAACCUAGUAGCCUCCUUGUGGGGUGCAGAGAGAUGCCUGAGAGUGCUUGAGAGUGUGACGGUGCAGAAUCCUGAGAAUCAAAGUUACCUGAUAGCCUAUAAAGACUCUCAACUCAUUGUGUCCUCUGCAAGAGGUCUGCGUUGCUGCGAGCAGAUGAUCCAGCGUUACAGCAGGGCCUUGAACAACAGUUCGCUAUCCUUGUCAGGGGCAGCAUUGCCCCACUCUAGCUUCAGCAACGUAGGGAAAGCCGUGGAGGACUGCAUGAGGGCGGUCAUAGGGGUGCUGCUCAACCUUACCCAUGACAAUGAAUGGGGCAGUACCAAGACAGGUGAGCAGGAGGAACUGAUCGUGACAGCUCUGAACUGCGUCCUCCAGGUGCCGCGUUAUAUCCCCCAGGAACAGCGCUUCGACGUGCGAGUACUGGGCCUGGGGCUCCUCAUCAACCUCGUAGAGUACAGCGCCAGGAACCGCCACUGUCUGGUGGACAUGGACUACAGCGUCACAGAUACAUGCCUGGAAGACAGCCUGGUUCAGUCCGCAGACCCAGCACAACCAGGAAUAGAGGGGGAUUCGGUGCUACCAUGUCCAUCCGAGGCUCAGGGAGAUGGGACUGAUAGCCCCAGGACCUUCGGUGCCCUGGCUGCCCUGGUGAAGCUCUUCCUGGAAAGAGAGCGGGCUGCCAUCCUGGCGGAGGCCAAGACUGAUGACCUCAUCAGCGAGGCACCCAAGCCAGCGCUAGACCAGAGCGGAGAGUGGCAGGAGACGUCGGGAGAGAUCCAGUGGGUGGCAUCCGAAACCAAUGACAGCUCAAAUGAAAAGGAGGAGAAGAAGGAAGAGGAGGAUGAGGAGUUGGACCUAAAUAAAGCUCUGCAGCAUGCUGGAAAGCAUAUGGAGGACAGCAUUGUAGCCUCCUACACUGCUCUGCUGUUGGGCUGCCUCUGUCAAGGAAGCCAGAUAAAUGUGACUACUGUGAGGGAAAACCUGCCCAAUGGGGAUUUCUCAAUUAUGACUGAAAUGCUGAAGAAGUUCUUGAACUUCAUGAACCUCACAUGUGCUAUGGGCACCACGGGACAGAAGUCCAUCUCUCGGGUCAUCGACUACCUGGAGCACUGUUAACAGAUGGCCAGACAUUUAUCUCACACGCUGACUGCACAUUAGGGAGUUCCAGCCAAAUCUGGCACACCCUGCCUGGACAGGAGCCAAAAUGGGUCACUGGGGUCUUGACAGGGUCCCUUUGACUUCAACCUCUGAUCACUUGAACCUGUGAUCACUUUGAAUUUUAAUGCCACCUGUAAAGGCAUACACUGAACGCAUAUACACUCGCACAUGCAAACGCUCUCUCUCACUCAGACACACACACAUACACACACACACACACACACACACACACACACACACACACACACACACACACACACACAUAUGCAUACCAGCCUCAGCAGCAUCUGGAGCACAGCCUGAACCAAAGCCACACUAGCUAACAGACAUACAUGAACCACCAUUCAGUUCAAUUUGAACUCACCCCACUUAAAGAGUAGAAUAACCUCAAAGGUGUCAGAGUCAUCCUCGUGUCACCAGGAGACAGCCUGAGGAAAGGUGAGAGGCAGUAUCCUGUGACUUCUAUCUUUAGAAAGUUAUCCUUGAAGAUGGACUCAUUUGUCACAGUUGGGGACUUGUUUAAGGACCCACAAAGAUGAAAGCCACUGGGAGACAUUUGGCCCAAGUAGAAUGGAGUCCUCUGCACUGUGGAGUGUGGAGUCCCAGUCACAACAAUAAUGCUUGGCUUAAGUUUCAACCUCUGAAUCAAAUUUCAUGGAUCAUUAACCAUUUGUUAUCACCUCGCACCCAUGUUUAAGCCAAGAGUGAAAUCUUUGAUUAACAUGAGCGAUCACAAGUCAUUUUCGGGGAUAUUAGAAUGAUGCCUCUGUGUAAAGUGUGGAAUGACUUGAAUGCAUAAAUUUAUUUACCUAUAUGUAUGCAACUAGUGUGAUGGCUGAUAAGGGAAUGGUUUUUUUUUAAUAUAUAUAUAUUUUCGUGUUCUCAUUGUGUUCCUUUCUUCAUAAGCUGUGCAAAGUAGUAAAUCGUGUCAUCCGAAGGUUUUUUAGAUAUUUUCCUAAUGAGGGCAUGGUUUUUUUCUCCCCUAAUUGUUAAUUACUUUAAAAAGAAAUCAGCAGGUCUGCGUGACAUGUCAAGUUUUAUUUAACAUAUUUUACUGGCAAUGGCACUUGAAAAUGAAUAGCUAUUAUGAAUUUUUGAAUGUUUUUACUACUUGCCCACUAUCAAUUUUAAAAUUAUUUUUCUGAAUAUUUAAAUUUGAUUAAAUUCAAUAUCAUGGUUAUACAUUUAGCCUUUUAUUGGUUUAUUGGAUGGAUUUAAGAAAUUUGGUUUGUUUCUCACAAUGUUUUUAUAAUGUUUUUACUUACAUAUUUAAUUUAAUGCUUUUGCUUUUUGUAUGUGAUCUACCCGGUGACAAGUGACAAAAGAUUUCACAUUAUGUUUUGUUAUAUCACACACACCUCAGUGGCUGGGCAUUGUCGAGAAAAGCGCUAUAUAAAUGUAAUGAUAUUAUUAUUGUUGUAUAUUAUCUGCAGGAUAUUGGUUUGGGUUGAAAUCUGUGUGAUUGGUUAAAAUCUGCUAAAAAAAAAACCUUUCUUUUUUUUCUUUUUAAUUGAUGCUUAAUAAUCCAGGUAAGAAAAUCACAGAAAGUUGAAUCAGUUUAUCUGGACACAACAUGUAUUGAGAGAAACCUUUCUCUCAAAAAACGUUGUGUCCAGAUAAACUGAUUCAACUUUCUGUGCUUUAAAAAAUUUUUUUUUACAAAAAAUAAAAAGAUGACAGUGGGCAUUAAGGGCUUCACUUUUCAGUGCUUUCAUGUACCUGUAUGUCCGGCCACUCGAUGCUGUGUGUGUCUUUCAUGCUGUGGGCCCAUGAGGUGUCACAGUCUCCCAUUUUAUUUGCCCCCAUCGUGUCUUCAUGUCAACCAUGUUGUUGCACCAGAACCCAUUUGAAACCCACCUAUUGAAGCAGCAAUGUCCACGUGCUCUUGUGCGAUCACUGAUUGAAUGACAGCCAUACCGACAAUAAGCAGAUGACUUUAGUAUUUACCUGGUUUGUAGUGCUGCAGUGAACAUGACUGUUUACUGUGAAUAUAUUGCUUUGCGAUAUCCGGUCUCUGAUGGUAUUUUAGAAUGUAAAUAUUACUGUACAUAGUGGUUAACCAUUUAAAAUGCUUAGACUACUUUUUUCCUGAAGCGGAUAUUUUUAUUUUAUACAAUAUUUCUGAGUUGUUAUUUGGAGAAAAAAAAAGAAAAUAAGAGUGGGGGAUGAAGUUUGUACCAGUUUCAAGGACAUUGUCUUUGGUUACGUGAAAAGAAAAAAAAUUGUAUCUCAAAAAAAAAAGUUGCUACUUU